AUGGCUCCAGCACCCUCCAAAAAGCAAGACCAAUUGGUCUCGACCAUCCGACCUCUCAUAUCCAACUUCCUCGAGACAAUAGACUACGAUCCGCCCUCGAAGCCGGACAAAGCUGCUCUCCGUGCAGCCAUGACCGAGUAUGCGGCUCCUUCCGGGGUCCCCUACAACGAGGACAAGCACUCCCGGCAGUGUUUCGAGACGGGCCUCUCCGUCGCCAUAGACAUGUACCCUAGCCACCCUCUGGAGGUUCAGCUCCACAUUGGGAUCUUCACGUGGCUUGGAUUCCUCAUCGACGAUACGAACAAGCGCAUAGCCUCGGACCUGGCGCACUUCCAGGCCCGGUUCUACACCUGCCAGCCACAGCCGUCGCUAUUAUUGGACCACUUUGCCCAGACCCUGCGCAACACGUACCGGUACUACGACCCCGUCGUCGCCAACACGAUAGUGCUCUCGGCGCUGGCGUUCGUCAACUCGAACGCGCUCGAGACCCGCCACGAGUUCCAGGAGCUCGUGCCCUCGCAGGCGGCCGCCAGCUGGCCGUAUUACUUCCGCGACAAGGAGGGCCUCCCUGACACCUACUCCGGCUUCAUCUUCCCCAAGGCGCUGUACCCCGAUAUCGGAAGCUUCCUGCAGGCUACUCCGGACAUGGGGAGGUUCAUCAACUUGACGAAUGACAUAUUGUCGUUCUACAAGGAGGAGAUCGCCGGCGAGACCAAGAACUACGUGAACAGCAAGGCCAAGAGCGAGAACAAGACGGCCAUGGCGGCCAUGAGGGAGAUCGUCGCGGAUACCGCACAGAGGUACCUGAGCGUCACGAGCAUUCUCGCCACAAAGGAAUCGUACGCCCGGGCAUGGCAUGAGUAUGUCAUGGGCUACGUGGCCAUGCAUCUCAGGAACGAUCGGUACAUGUUCGCGGACAUUGGCCUGGACGAGAGAUUCAUGCAUAACUAA